GACAGCGCAUGUGUACCAUCGAGUGACGUGCGAUGAUUGAAGUUUCUUAUAAGUUUCAUCACUGCAGUUAGAAAGAUAACACGAAUAAUAUAUAAACUACCCAGUAGUGUUUGUGUUGUGAUUCCCAGUGAAUUAAGCAUUACUUAGAUUACUAACCUUAAACGUAAACUAUUACAAUGGAAGAUCUAACAAUAGGAGAAAUUUACACGUCGGAUAAGAAAGGCAGUGACGAAACUGGCGAUGGAUCUGAAGCUAAGCCGUUCAAGACCAUUUUGCAGGCAAUGCGGCACGCAGGCAAGGAGCCAUUCCCUACAAUUUAUGUUGACGCAAAGGAUGACACAAAAGUGUAUGAAGUUGCGGCAAAAUCUCAGUUAAAGAAAAUUCACAAGAUCUGGGUGAGAGAGAGCUACAAAGCGGCGGAUAAGGCGAAGGCGGACGAAGAAACCAACGAAAAAAGACAGCAAAACUUGGAAGAGGCCAAGAAAAUCGUCAUCAAGGAAGAUCCCAGCCUGCCUAAGGCUACUUAUGUGAAGAUAGCUGAAGCUGCUGAACACCGUGGUGAGCGAAUAUGUGUGAAAGGUUGGGUGCACCGUCUGAGGAGACAGGGCCGAGCGCUGGCAUUCCUGACGCUGCGAGAUGGUACAGGGUACUUGCAGUGUGUGUUGCACGGUCUUCUCUGUCAGACGUACAAUGCACUCGUGCUCUCUACAGAGUCCUCUAUUGUCAUCUACGGGAAACUCGAGGUUGUGCCUGAAGGGAAAAUGGCACCUGGUGGACAUGAACUGACAGCUGACUACUGGGAGCUGGUGGGCCUGGCGCCCCCUGGUGGAGCUGACGCUAUCCUCAACGAGGAAGCUUUACCUGACGUCCAGCUUGACAACAGGCACAUAAUGAUCCGUGGCGAGAACACGUCGAAGGUGCUCCGUGCGCGCGCGGCGGUGACGCGGGCGUUCCGCGAACACUUCCAGUCGCGGCGCUACACCGAGGUCACGCCGCCCACGCUCGUGCAGACGCAGUGCGAGGGGGGCAGCACUCUCUUCAAGUUCAGCUACUUCGGUCAAGAGGCGUACCUGACGCAGAGUUCCCAGCUGUACCUGGAGACGUGCCUGGCGACGCUGGGCGACGUCUACUGUAUCGCGCAGUCUUACCGAGCCGAGCAGUCGCGGACGCGCAGACAUCUCGCUGAGUACAGCCACGUGGAAGCCGAGUGUCCGUUCAUCACGUUCGAAGACCUGCUCUCUAGACUGGAGGAUCUCGUAGUCGAUGUAGUGGACAGAGUACUCGCCUCGCCUGACGCACAUCUAGUGCAUGAACUCAACCCCAACUUCAAGAGGCCCAAGAGGCCAUUCAGGCGCAUGGCGUACACGGAGGCCAUCGAGUACCUCCGCGAACACAACAUUACCAAGGAGGACGGAUCUUUCUACGAGUUCGGAGAGGACAUCCCAGAGAUGCCAGAGCGUAAGAUGACGGACGAGAUAGGCGAGCCGAUCUUACUGUGCAAGUUCCCUGCGGAGAUCAAGUCGUUCUACAUGCAGCGCUGUCCCGAGGACCGGCGCCUCACCGAGUCCGUGGACGUACUGAUGCCGGGCGUCGGCGAGAUCGUCGGCGGGUCCAUGAGGACUUGGGACCAUGAGGAACUCAUGGAAGGUUACAAGCGCGAGGGCAUCGACCCGUCCCCGUACUACUGGUACACGGACCAGCGCAAGUUCGGCUCGGUCCCGCACGGCGGGUACGGGCUGGGCCUGGAGCGCUUCCUGUGCUGGCUGCUGGACCGCCACCACAUCCGCGAGGUCUGCCUCUACCCGCGCUUCCUCGACCGCUGCACGCCCUAGUCACACCGGCCUGCCUACAUACUACAUACUUUGACCGCUAUCAUUACAAGUUUGGAUCAAAAUUAAGACUUAUUUGCGCUAAAAUGUUUGGACUUAUAGAAAAUGUUUGAAUUUAUCUUUAAGAGUGUGACUGAAAUUUUGCCAUUAUUUUGUUACAUUUUAAUAAGCAUUCGUGUGCUGAAACAAGACACGCAGCGAAAGAUUUUUUGAAAUUACAUAUUUCUGCAUAAUGUAUCCGAAUUGCUAUUUGUUAUUGCGUCGUUUAUUUAUGUCUUUAAUGCAUUGAAAAAAAGCUUAAAUCAUUCGUAAUAUAAAUAACAUCUAUAUUAAACUUGCGAAGAUAUGUUCCUAUACAAUUUUUUAUUGUUGUUCAGACAAUUAAGAGUGAAAUAGACAACAGGAAUAUACUUCAUAGAAUAUCUAUCUUGUGUUCAAAUGUUUUCUACUCUGUUAUAAAUUGGUUUGUCUAAAUUAUAUAAAGAAUUGUCUAAGAGUAUGUAACGAUACAUCUGAACUGUUUUGUACAAGUCAUAAGAUUUGCAUUUAAAUGCAUUCAAUAGAAUAAGGAAUGUAAACAUUCCGCUCACAUUUGCAUUGUACAUUUAUUUAUUUAAAUACAGUUCCUGCAAUGGA